AUGAGAGCAGUUGUCCUGGCCCUGACUCUGGCCCUUGUGGCGGGUCAACCACAUAGCUUGGCUCCUGAUUUUGCUGCUGGUAAGACCUACGUGUACAAAUAUGAGGCAUUUCUCCUGGGCGGUUUGCCAGAGGAAGGUUUGGCAAAAGCUGGAGUCAAAGUCAGCAGCAAAGUUCUCAUCAGUGCCGCAGCCCAAAAUAUCUACAUGCUGAAGCUUGUGGAACCUGAGCUCUUUGAGUACAGUGGCAUCUGGCCUAAGGAUCCUUUAAUCCCAGCAACCAAGCUGACCUCAGCACUGGCAGCUCAGCUCAUGGCUCCCAUCAAGUUUGAGUAUGCCAACGGUGUUGUGGGAAAAAUGUUCGCCCCAGAGGGAACCUCCACACUGGUGCUGAACAUCUACAGAGGUAUCCUGAAUGUCCUUCAGCUGAACAUCAAGAAGACACAGAAUGUCUACGAGUUGCAGGAGGCUGGAACUCAGGGUGUGUGCAAGACCCUCUAUGCCAUCACUGAGGACGAAAAGGCUGAACGCAUCCUUUUGACAAAGACCAGGGACCUGAACCACUGUCAGGAGAAGGUCAUGCUGGACUUGGGGAUGGCAUACACUGAGAAAUGUGCAAAGUGCCAGCAGGACUCAAAGAACCUUAGAGGAGCUACAGCAUACAAUUACAUCUUGAAGCCAGUCGGUAGUGGCAUCCUAAUCCUGGAGGCAGCCGUCACUGAGUUGAUCCAGUUCUCACCUUUCACUGAGAUGAACGGAGCUGCUCAGAUGGAGACCAAACAAUCCUUGGUAUUCCUUGAGGUUCAAAGGGCCCCUAUUGUACCCAUCGAGGCUCAGUAUCUUCACCGUGGAUCUCUCAAGUAUGAGUUCUCCACUGAACUUCUUCAGACACCCAUUCAGCUCAUCAAGAUCACCAAUGCACAGGCCCAGAUUGUGGAGAUUCUUAAUCAUCUGGUCACCCACAACAUGGUGAGAGUCCAUGAGGAUGCUCCUCUGAAGUUUUUGGAGCUCAUUCAGGUCCUCCGUGCAGCCCACUUUGAAGACCUGGAAAUGCUCUGGAGCCAAUACAGAAACAGACCUGCCUACAGACAGUGGAUUUUGGAUGCCAUCCCUGUUAUUGGAACACCUGCUGCUCUGAGAUUCAUCAAGGAGAAAUUCCUAGCUGAUGAGCUGACUGUUGCUGAAACAGCUCAGGCUUUGAUUGCAUCUGUUCACAUGGCAACAGCAAACACUGAGAACAUCAAGCUGAUCGAGACCUUGGCAGUCAACAGUAAAGUACUUGAGAACCCAGUUCUGCGGGAGAUUGUCCUCCUUGGCUACGGUACCAUGAUUUCCAAGUAUUGUGCUGAGAAGGCUGUGUGCCCUGUUGAACUCAUCAAGCCCAUCCAGGAGCUCCUUGCAGAGGCUGUCGCUAAGGAUGACACCCCAGAAAUCAUCCUUUUGCUGAAGGUUUUGGGUAACGCUGGUCAUCCUUCUAGCCUUAAGCCGAUAACAAAGAUCCUGCCCAUACAUGGAACUGCAGCUGCAACUCUGCAGAUGAGAGUCCAUGCCGAUGCCAUCAUGGCCUUGAGGAACAUUGCAAAGAAGGAGCCCAGAAUGAUCCAGGAAUUGGCUCUACAGCUCUACAUGGACAAGGCUCUUCACCCAGAGCUUCGUAUGCUUGCAUGCAUUGUGCUGUUUGAGACAAGGCCUCCAAUGGGUUUGGUGACAACUCUUGCCAACAUUGUGAAGACAGAGGAGAAUCUGCAGGUGGCAAGCUUCACUUACUCUCAUAUGAAGUCCCUGACCAGAAGCACAGCCGCUAUCCAUGCCUCAGUUGCCGCAGCUUGCAACGUCGCUGUCAAAAUCUUAAGCCCAAGGCUGGACAGACUGAGCUUCCGUUUCAGCAAAGCCAUCCACAUGGACAUCUAUAACAGUCCUUUGAUGCUUGGUGCUGCUGCCAGUGCUUUCUACAUCAAUGAUGCUGCGACUAUUCUGCCCAGAUCUAUUGUGGCUAAGACUAGUGCCUACCUUGCAGGAGCUGCUGCUGAUGUUCUGGAGGUUGGAGUAAGAACUGAGGGACUCCAAGAGGCUAUUCUGAAAAACCAUGCCAUUAUUGACAGUGCUGACAGGAUCACCAAGAUGAAGCGUGUCAUUAAGGCUCUCUCUCAGUGGAAGUCUCUGCCCAACAGGAAGCCUCUGGCUUCUGUCUAUGUCAAGUUCUUUGGACAAGAAAUUGCCUUUGCCAACAUUGACAAAGCCUUCAUUGAUCAGGCCAUUGCGCUCGCUACUGCACCAUCUGUUCAGGCAUUUGGUAGGAACACUAUCAAGGCUCUGCUGUCUGGUGCCUCCUACCACUUUGCUAAGCCUCUGCUGGCUACUGAGGUGCGGCGCAUCCUGCCUACUGCUGCUGGUCUUCCAAUGGAGCUCAGUCUCUACACUGCUGCUGUGGCUGCCGCAGCUGUUCACAUCAAGGCCACCACAACCCCAACUCUGCCUGAAAACUUCCAUAUUGCUCACCUUCUGAAGACAGACAUGCAGCUUGAGACUGAGAUCAGACCAAGCAUUGCUGUGAACACAUUUGCUGUGAUGGGGGUAAACACUGCCAUACUCCAGGCUGCUCUGCUAUCAAGAGCCAAGCUCAACUCAAUUUUGCCCGCCAAAAUUGCUGCAAGACUUGACAUCAACGAGGGCUACUUUAAGAUUGAAGCUCUGCCUGUUUCUGUACCUGAACACAUUGCAGCUGUGCACGUUGAGACUUUUGCUGUGGCAAGGAAUAUUGAGGAUCUGGCUGCUGAAAAAAUCACUCCCCUUAUCCCUGCCAAAGUCUUGCAGUCCAUCUCAAGGGAGAUUCUCACAUCUAAGAUUACUUCUUCUGCUUCAGCUAGUUUGUCAAGAUCCUCAGAGAUAAUUUCCAAGGAUAUGGCAGCUACCAAGCCCACUAUAAAAUUCAGAGCAGCUCAAUUUGAGAAGAAAUACUGUGCUAAGACUGUUGCCAUUGGAAUGAAGGGCUGUAUCAAGGUUGCAACUGAAAACGCUGCUUUCCUCAAAGACAUUGCCCUGUACAAACUGGCUGGAAAGCACUCUAUUGCUCUUUCAUUCAAACCAAUUGAAGGUGAGGCCAUUGAGAGACUGGAGAUGGAAAUUCAAGUUGGACCAAAGGCUGCAGAGAAGCUCAUUAAGCACAUCAACCUGAGUGAAGAGGAAAUUGUUGAGGGAAGACCAGUCUUAAUGAAGCUCAAGAGAAUCCUGGCUCCUGGUCUGAAGAAUGGUACCUUAUCUUCCUCCUCUAGCUCAAGCAGCUCUCGCUCAAGUCUUCGUUCGAACAGCAGAAGCAGCAGCAGCAGCCUCAGCUCUUCUAGAUCUAUGAGCAAAUCUUCCAGGUCCAGCUCUGCAUCAAGCCUUGCAUCACUCUUCAGUGCUAGCUCAAGUUCCUCUAGCUCCAGUGCUCAUCUCUCAAAGCGAGUGACUUAUCACCACAAGUUCCAGAAGAACCACAAGAAACAGGCUUUCACCUCUCAAGUCACAUCAGCAUUAAUUUCCAGGAGCAGAAGCAGUGCUUCAAGCUUUGAGGCCAUCUACAAAAAGAACAAGUUCCUUGGCAAUGAAGCUGCUCCUACUUUUGCUAUCAUCUUCCGUGCUGUCAGAGCUGACAACAAGAUGCAGGGAUACCAACUGUCUGCCUACUUGGACAGACCUACUGCCAGAAUUCAGAUCAUUCUAGCUGCCUUGGCUGCCGAUAACAACUGGAAGUUCUGUGCUGAUGGAGUUCUGCUAAGCAAGCACAAAGUCACAGCCAAAUUCGCCUGGGGAGCAGAAUGCAAGCAGUACGACACCAUGAUCACAGCCGAGACUGGUCUUCUUGGUCCAAGCCCUGCAGCUCGCUUCAGAGUGGCCUGGAAUGAACUACCUUCUGCCCUGAAACACUACGCAAAGAAGGUGUAUGACUACAUUCCUGCUUCCAUGCUGGCUGGCUUGAUUAAAGAAAAGGAUGAAAACAGUGCCAAGCAGCUUUCAUUUACUGUGGUUGCCACAUCUGAUAGGACACUUGACCUCAUUUGGAAAACACCAGAGCGUACUGUCUAUAAGCUGGCUUUGCAUCUUCCCAUCACUCUGCCACUUGAGGAAAUCACAGGUCUCACACCCUUCGAUGACUUGGCUGAUAAAGUCCACUACUUGUUUGCCAAGGCUGGCGCAGCUGAAUGUACCUUCACCAGAGACACACUGACCACAUUCAACAACAGGAGAUACAAGAACGAGAUGCCUCUGUCUUGCUACCAAGUUCUGGCACAGGAUUGCACCAAUGAGCUGAAAUUCAUGGUUCUGCUGAAGAAGGAUCACAUUGAACAGAACCAUAUCAAUGUCAAGAUUGCUGACAUUGAUAUUGACAUGUACCCGAAGAACACUGACGUGAUUGUGAAGGUCAAUGGAAUGGAAAUACCCAUCAACAACCUGCCAUACCAGCAUCCAACAGCUAAAAUCCAGAUAAGACCAAAGGGUGAAGGCAUCUCUGUGUUCGCUCCCAGCCAUGGUCUUCAUGAAGUCUACUUUGACAAGAACUCAUGGAAGGUUAAAGUUGCAGACUGGAUGAAGGGACAGACCUGUGGACUGUGUGGAAAGGCUGAUGGGGAAGUCAGACAGGAGUACCGCACACCAAGUGGACGCUUGACCAAGAACGCAGUCAGCUAUGCUCAUUCCUGGGUUCUUCCCGCUGAGAGCUGCAGAGACACCACUGAGUGCCGUAUGAAGAUUGAAUCUAUUCAGCUGGAGAGGCAGGUAAAUGUCCACGGCCAGGAAUCCAAAUGCUACUCUGUUGAGCCUGUGCUGCGCUGCCUGCCUGGCUGCUUCCCUGUGAAAACCACAGCUGUUACUGUUGGCUUCCACUGUAUACCAACUGAUGCUGCCAGUAAUCUUCACAGCAUGUACGACAACAGCGUGGACCUGAAGGAAACAGCAGAGGCUCACCUGGCCUGCAGCUGCACUGCUCAGUGCGCUUAA